UAAUACAGCCAAGGAGGGUCGUGUUCUAUUAUUAUGUUCAAGUGAAAUGAGAAAUACGCAAAGAAAGAGAGAUAUGAAGAUGAGAGGAUCUGAUCAGAAGAAUAUACUGAUUGUUAUGAUGGUUGUAACAGUUGCAGCCACGGCUCGAGGUGAAGACGGGUUCGUGACAUGGGGCGAUAACUACUACACAACAUGGGGACAUCCAGCUUUGGUUAUUAAUGAAACCUCUGAGCUCCAGCUCACCCUCGAUCAUAAAUCUGGUUUCUAUCUUUUCUCUCUAUUUGGGUGUGGAAUCAAGGCACCCCAAACCAAGUCUACGAAAGUGACUACUUCCUUCUACCUAAGAUCCAAAUCAAGCCGUAAUGACGGGCUCUGUUUCCAGAUUUUUGGAAACGGGCCAGCGUAUUUGCUGAAUACAAUUAUAUUUGUAUACGGUGAAGGAGAUAAAUAUCAGAGGUUUCGUCUUUGGUUCGAUCCAACCAAAGAUUAUCAUUCCUAUAGGUUUCUUUGGAACCCAUAUCAAGUUGUGUUCUAUGUAGAUGAUACAGCGAUCCGGGUGUACAAGAAGAAUCCAGACAUUUACUACCCAUCGGUGCAGACGAUGUUCAUGCAUGGCAGUGUGGAAAACAGAACAAUGGUUGACCCUAAGGAGAUGUCUUACACUGCUAAGUUCCAGGCAUCAAAGAUCGAUGGGUGUGCGACUGAGUUUAUGAGCAUAGAUAAAUUCUUUGGUCUUGAAUACUGGUGGAACCGUAAAGAGAAUUGGGAGCUAAGCUCUAAAGAGAGGAAACUGUAUAUGAAUGCAAGGAAGGUUUACCUGGAUUACGACUAUUGCUUGGACAGAAAGCGAUAUCCAAAGGUGCCUCAAGAAUGCAGAAGUUACGGUUAGAGAAAGAUCAAUACUUUUCAAAGAGUCAUCAGCCUACAAAAACAAAAAACUUUGAGACAAGAACAAAUGUUAUUGUAACAUGCUUUGUAAUAAGCUGUUACUAUCGAAUAUUAAGAGUAUCAUUUAAAAUGACUACUCUGUUGCCAUCGCUAGCUAGUUGUAUUGACUUUGCUACAGUAACAUUACAAGUUAACAGAGAUACAAGAGUUGUGUUUUACUGUUUAUUUGUAAAGCGUUUUAAAUUAAAUUUCAGGCAUUGUCAAUCAGACA